GCCGUGAGGAGCCGCGGGUGGCUGCCUUCACAGUCGCAGUAAGAACAAAAAACUCCACCGAGGACGCGGACCGACAGGCCCGCCUCGCCGCCGACCACGACCCGGAAACAACCGCGUCGGUUUCGGUGCCGCUGAACGACACAAGAAGGCGUUUCAGCGGAAAUGGAGGACGAAGAGACGGCGCUGGGUUUGAUCAGCUACUUCUGCUUUGAAAAGUAUUAUAAUCAUGUAGUUAUUGCUGCAGCUGGGGCACAAAGAAAACUCAGCAAUGAUCCAGUCUUCACCUUUCUCCAUGCAUAUGGUAUUCUAAUGCAAGAUCAAAUUCAAGAAGCCGUUGCUGAGUUGGACAUGAUCAGAGACAGAGGAGAUGUGUCUCUAUGCACACUGAUGGCCCUUGUUUAUGCUGAGAAAAAAAAGCCCCAUCCUGAUCGAGAAGUGAUUCAGGAGUUAGAUGCUAAGGUGAAAGAGAAUCGUAAAAGUGCAUCCCCCAAGGGUCUCUACUACGCCGGGAUGUUUCUCUGGCUGUUGGGUCGUAAUGAUAAAGCGAGGGAGUAUGUAGAGAGAAUGAUUAAACUCUCCAAUGGCUCUAGAGAGGGGAUAAUCCUAAAAGCGUGGAUAGACCUGACAUCUAGUAAGGACGCAUAUGCCAAGAAGGCUGGAAAAUACUUUGACGAAGGAUUGAAAGAGAAAGCAGAUGUUCUUGGUCUGAUGGGAAAGGCACAAUACUACGAAUAUCGGCAGAAUUACUCAGGAGCUUUGGAGAUGGUCAACCAAGUCAUUGUUACUUUCCCCGGCUUCUUGCCUGCCUUUAUCAAGAAGAUGAAGCUGUUACUCAGCCUGCAAGAUUGGGAGCAAACCAUUGACUCAGCGCAGAGGCUUUUACAGAUGGAUAAAAAUAACCUGGAGGCUCUGAGGAUGCUGGCUCUGUAUUCCUUAUGUAGAGAUGGAGAUAUUACUGAGUCAACAAAGCAACUUUCGAACCUCAUCAGCAGCUUGGACAUCCUAGAGCCCCACAACCCGGAGCUUCUCUAUAGGAUGUCCCUGGUUUUCACCCGUGUUUGUGGACGAAAUGAGAAGGUGAUCCAGCAGUCAAACCGGAUGGUAGAAAGAGCCUUUUCUCAGGCAUCAGGGGAUUCUGACCUGGCAACAGAGUUAGGCUACCAGAUGGUGCUUCAGGGCAGAAUCAAGGAGGCUAUGAAGUGGUACAAGACCGCAAUGACCCUGGAUGAGACAAGUGUUUCUGCUUUGACAGGUAUUAUUCGAUGCCAGCUAAUAGAUGGCCACCUGGAAGACGCAGAGCAACAGUUGGAAUUCCUCACAGAGAUCCAGCAGUCUAUUGGGAAAUCAGGGGAGCUGCUGUACUUGCGUGCGGUAUUGGCAGUGAAGAAGUGUCGACCCCAGGAGGAGGUGACCAACUUGCUAAACGAUGCGGUUGACACGCACUUCUCCACGCUGCAGGGUUUACCUCUGAGUGUGGAGUACUUUGAAAAGCUCAACCCUGACUUCCUGCUGGAUAUCAUCAAGGAGUACUUGGCGCUGUGUCCUGCUCAGCCACCAGCCCAGGGUCAGCCUCCUGUUCCUCAGCUGCAGCACUGUGCUUCUGUGUUGGACACCGUGGUUAAGAUUGUUCCAGGUCUCCAACAAGGUGUCUUCCUGUUGGCCAAAGUCAGAUUCCAGUCAGGUGACAUUGAAGCUGCUCAAAGUAGCCUUCAGCAUUGCCUGGACCAGUGUCCAUCUCAUGCGGAUGCUCACCUGCUGAUGGCCCAGAUCCACCUGCUGCAGAGGAACUUUAAACUGUGUUCUCAGUCUCUUGAACUCUGUCUCAGCCAUAACUUUGAGGUUCGAGAGCAUCCCAUGUACCAUCUGAUCAAGGCCCAGGCCCAGAAGAAGAUGGGCGAGCUGGCUGGGGCCAUCCAGACUCUGCAGAUGGCCAUGAGUAUGCUGGACUCUCACAGAGCUGGAUCCUCAUCCAAAUCCAGGAAUAAGAAGGUUGAACUGAGUCCUUCUGACUCUGUGUCUGUCUUCUUGGAGCUGGCUGAGGCCCUCUGGCUAAAUGGAGAGCAGCAUGAGGCGGCCAAGGUGAUGCAAGAUGCCAUCAAUGAGUUUUCGGGCACCCCUGAAGAGCUGCGUGUCACCAUCGCAAACGCAGACCUGGCCCUGCUACGUGGCGACACUGAGCUGGCACUUACUAUGCUCAGAAAUAUCACCACUGACCAACCCUAUUAUGUCCAGGCCAAGGAGAAAAUGGCCGACAUCUAUCUCAAUCACAGAAAAGAGAAACGUCUCUAUGCCAGUUGUUACAGAGAAUUGGUGGAGAAGCUACCCAGCCCUCAUACAUAUCUCUUACUAGGUGAUGCUUACAUGAACAUACAGGAGCCAGAGAAGGCGAUUGAUGUCUAUGAACAGGCUCUCAGAAAAAACCCCAAAGAUGGUGCUUUGGCCAGCAAGAUUGGGAAAGCCCUCGUCAAGACUCAUCACUACGUCAAGGCAAUAAAUUAUUAUGAAGCCGCCCUGAAGACGGAGCAGCAGAACUUCCUGCGGUACGACUUGGCUGAGCUGCUGAUGAAAAUGAAGCAGUACGAGCGGUGCGAGAGAGUCCUGCAUGAUGCUCUGGCUCAUGAUCCAGUGAAUGAAAUGACAGCGCUCACAGAUGACUGUCGCUACCUCGUCCUGUUAGCAAAGGUCCAAAGUAAGGUUGAAAAAAAUGAAGACGCUUUACUCUCUCUGCAAAGGGCCCGGGAUGUUCAGGCCAAAGUACUGAAGCGGGUGCAGUUGGAGCAGCCUGACGCCGUUCCUAUGCAGAAGCAGCUUGCCGCUGAGAUCUGCGCCGAGAUCGCUAAACACUACACAAGUCAGAGGGGCUACGAGAGAGCGGUCAAAUUCUACAAAGAAGCUCUUGUGUAUUGUGAGAGUGAUCGCAAGGUGAUGUUGGAGUUGGCACGAUUGUACCUUACCCUCGAUGAGGUGGAUGCCUGCCAGCAGCAGUGCAGUGUCAUUUUGAAGAAUGACCAGUUCAAUGAAGAUGCAACACUGAUGAUGGCUGACCUGAUGUUCCGAAAACAGGACUAUGAACAAGCUGUUUUCCACUUCCAACAACUCCUGGAGCGUAAACCAGACAACUACCCAACACUGUCACGUCUUAUUGACCUGUUGAGGAGAGCUGGGAAGCUCGAGGAUGUUCCGAGGUUCCUCGACAUGGCAGAAAAACAUUCCUCCAGGGCUAAAUUUGACCCUGGAUUUAACUACUGCAAAGGACUUUACCUUUGGUACACAGGAGAACCUAAUGACGGCCUGCGCCACUUUAAUAAGGCACGCAAAGACAACGACUGGGGUCAGAAUGCUGUGUACAACAUGAUUGAAAUCUGUCUGAACCCCGACAAUGACACAGUGGGAGGAGAAGUAUUUGAGAAUUUAGAUGGUGAAAUCGGAAACUCCACAGAGAAGCAGGAGUCGGAGCAGCUAGCGGUGAGAACAGCAGAGAAACUGCUGAAGGAACUGAAGCCCCAGACGCCCGGUGGGCAUGUACAGCUCCGCAUCUUGGAAAACCACUGCUUUCUGGCUACUAAACAAAAGGCCAAUGUGGAAAAAGCCCUCAAUGUUUUUACAGAGAUUGCAAACAAUGAGAAAGACCACGUGCCAGCGCUGCUGGCCAUGGCAACAGCCUACAUGAUUCUAAAACAAACUCCUCGAGCAAGGAACCAGCUGAAGCGCAUAGCUAAGAUGAACUGGAACAUCGUUGACGCUGACGAGUUCGAGAAAAGCUGGCUGCUCCUGGCAGACAUUUACAUCCAUUCUGGAAAAUAUGACAUGGCCGGUGACCUCUUAAAGAGAUGCCUUCGUCAUAACAAGUCCUGCUGUAAAGCUUAUGAAUACAUGGGCUACAUAAUGGAAAAAGAGCAGGCGUUCCGUGAUGCUGCACUCAAUUAUGAAAUGGCUUGGAAGUACGGGAAUCAGACUAACCCAACCAUAGGGUAUAAGCUUGCUUUCAACUACUUAAAGGCAAAGAGACAUGUUGACGCCAUAGAUGUGUGUCAUAAGGUUUUGGAUGCUCACCCAAAUUAUCCAAGAAUGAGAAAGGACAUCUUGGACAAAGCGCGUGCUGCCCUAAGAUCAUAGUGUGUGUGUGUGUGUGUGUGUGUGUGUGUGUGUGUGUGUGUGUGUGUAAAUAUUUUUAUUGAAAAUUUGAAUAUCACAUAUAUUG